AUGUUUUCUGACUGCUUAGCGUUGGCCUUCAUGGCCUUUGUGUUCAUUUUUGCCUUUGUGUUCAUUUUUGCCUUGGUCUGCAUAAUGUUGGAAAGAAGAAAUUGUAAUACUUCAGCAGCAAAAACGCCAAAAAAGAUGACAAGAAGCGGCAAAAGAGUGACCAGAAGCCAUUGCGAAGAUCAUCGCUUUACUGCUCGGCGAGGACCCGAAGAACACAGCGACGACGAAAGAUACAACCCGCGUGGAAGAAUAAUCAGGUAAGACUGCCAAAUUCAUUCAAUGGUUAUAACCACCCUUCCCUUUCGUAUUGCUGUCAUAUCGAUCAACUAAUCGAACGACUGGCUGAGGAAAAUUAAAAGCUGUUUGAGGUCAAUAACAGAGAGACUUAAGAUCAACACAUACAAAUUUAAAGUUUGUUUGAUUUCAAGUGGUCUUUUUGACUAAGCGAAGAAUUAAAAAAAAAGAAGAAGAAGAAGAAGAAGAAAGAGGGAGACGAAAACGUUCAAAAAUUCUGA